AAACACGAACAUGAAAUUCAGCUCACAAAUUAUGUCCUUCAUCUUACAUUUUAUUCUUGUUGCUUUCAUUUGUCCAAUUUACUCAUUAGAAACAAGCAACCACCAUAUAGUAAACCAAACUUUACGAUUGGAAAAAGAAUCUCAGAACAUAAAUAAAACGAUAAAGGCAUAUCUUCAACAAAUCAAUAAGCCUGCUAUUAAGACAAUUCAGAGUCCCUAUGGUGAUAUCAUAGAUUGUGUUUUGUUUCAUAAACAACCCGCUUUUGAUCUCCCUCAAUUAAAAGGACAAAAAUCAUUGAAUUCUCAAGAAGAAUCAAAAGCGCACAACCAAAUAGAUAAUUCAACUGUAAACUUUCCAUCAUGGAGUUUAUCAGGUGAAUCUUGUCCGAAUGGAACAAUACCAAUUAGAAGAACAAAAGAAGAAGAAAUAAAAUUUGGAACAAAAGGCCUACCCUUUCACGAAAGACUCUAUGAAGUAAUUACCUAUGUGCAAGGAGCUGGGUACCAUGGAGCAAAGGGUACCAUAAACGUAUGGGCUCCCCGAGUAGAAAAUAGAGAGGAGUCCAGCUCAUCUAAAAUUUGGGUUCAAUCUCUAACAGCUAAAGAAAGUAUUGAAGCUGGUUGGCAGGUAUGUCCGAAGAGAUUCGGGGACAGUCGCCCUAGAAUAUUUACUUAUUGGACGGUGGAUGCUUAUAAAGCAACUGGAUGUUACAAUGUAAUAUGUCCUGGUUUUGUUCAAACUAGCAAAAAAGUUGUCCUUGGACUUCCAGUUGGUCCGGUGUCGGUAAUCGGAGGAGACCAAUAUGAUUUUAACCUAAAAAUCGAGCAGGAUCAACAGAACCAACGUUGGUGGCUUGAAUAUGCAGCUGGAAAUGAGAAUUAUGAAAGAGUUGGUUAUUGGUCAUACUCUCUUUUUAAAGAAUUAAAUCAUGAAGCAAAUUUAAUUCAGUUUGGUGGAGAAGUUGUGGAUUUAAAUCCAUCGGGAGAUCAUACUUCAACUUUCAUGGGUAGUGGAGAAUUUGCUGAUGAAGGUUUGAAAAAGGCUGCAUAUAUUAGGAAUAUGAAAGUUGCAGUUAAUCCAAACGUCUAUAUAGACCUUCUGGAUGCUGAAUAUUUAGAAGAAAAACCAGAAUGUUAUAAUAUAAAAGGAGGUUUUGAUAAAGAUUAUGAGACAUAUAUUUUCUUUGGUGGACCUGGUAGGAAUUAUCCGAGAUGUCCGUAGAGGAAUAUUGUAUAAAAUAAAAUAAAAUAAGAAAUAAAGAGCUAAAAAUAUAUAUAUAUUUUUUAAUUUCUGUUGGCAA